AGGACCAAACCUAACCACAAACCUUUUUUUAAUCUUUCACCAAACAAGCCAAGGUUGCUUUAUAAGGUAAAAUAGCUGUUCUUGUUGUUGUAGUUAUUAGUAGCCAUAGCUAUAUACCUUACAAUUCCUUCUUCCAUGGCUUCCUCUUCUCACUUCCACCACCAUAACCACUUCGAAAAUACCAACAAUUUUGCGGAGCAAGAAAAGGAACAUAACUCUCAAAGACAUGUACAACAAGAAGAAGAAGAAAAUUGGCUCACGUUAGGGUUGGGGCUAGGAAGAAACGAUGACGUCAUCAACACAUCAUCAUUCAAUAAUCAAGUAGUUCAUCAUCAUCAUGGAUCAAACAAUAAUCCACAAGUUUUAUUAUGUUCUGAUUCCUCAUCAUCCCAUAUAGGAAGCCAUGGUGAACAUCAUCAUCAUCAACAACAACAAAUGCUGAAAUUAGGGUUAGGGUUAGGGUUUCAACAAGAUUCAAUGUUAUUGGGGUCAUCUAAUAAUGAUCAUGAUGAUGAAAAUGGAUCAUCAUGCCAAAUUGAUUCAACUUGUGGUGGUGGUGGUGGCGAUGGUGAUUCUCAUGAUUACAACAAGUGUGGAUUGUGGUUUACGCUACGUUCAUCUACCAACCGAAGAGGAGAAGCUUUGCCUCAGAUACCAAAGGCGUACAUUAGAAUCAGGGACGAAAACAUGACGGUCUUCAUGGUUAAAAAAUAUCUUGUUACAAAACUUGGUCUCUCCAACGAAGCUGAGAUUGAUAUCUUAUGCAUGGGUGAAAGCUUAUCGCAGAUACAAACAUUGAAGCAAGUAAGAGAGGCUGUUUGGAUACCUAGAUUGGUAGAAUCUUUAGAUUCAACAACUUUCUCCCUUGGAGAUUCCAAUCAUAAUAAUAAUGAUGAUUAUAUGUCUUUAAACCAUAUCAUGUCUCUGCUUUACCGAAAACAUUGCUUUUUAAAUUAGUUGAUAUAUAUAUAUGUUAUUACUAUUAUUUA